AUGAAUGAUAAAAGGCAUGAAGAUAGACAUGUAUACUCACAAUUAGGACAGAAUCUUAUUCAAAGACAUUCAGAUCAACUUUCUACUCAGUUGUCAGUCUUUCAAUCGGCCAUAAUUAAUUUUGGCAGUGAUCAUGGAGACGAAAUAAGACGAAAUCCAGAAUUCCGUAAUAAAUUUACCCAGAUGUGUCAACUGAUAGGGGUUGAUCCGCUUGAAUUGUUGAUAUACAGUAACUCUAAGAACUCAAAGUCUCGAAAUGAAGAUUUUUAUAUUGGCCUAUCGGUACGGAUAGUAGAAGUGUGUCAGGAAACGAGAGAUGUUAAUGGAGGAUUGAUUUCAAUGAAAGAAUUAUUAUCACGGCUACAGGAAAAUGUGAACCUAGAAACUCUGAUAAAGGAGGGUGAGAUUCAGCAGGCAUUGUCUAUUCUAUUCUCGUUGGGAAAUGGCUAUGAGAUAUUGAAUAUUAAUGGUAAGAAAUGGCUAAAGUUCUCAUCAGCUACAAGCGGUAACACAAAUAUAUCGAACGACCAAAAGAAGAUAUACGAGGCUUGUGGAUUUAUGGGUGGGUUUGUAACAUAUAGAUUAUUAAUCGAUAAUUACGGAUGGGAUAAAAUACGGUGUAAAACCGUCAUCGAUCAAAUGAUUAUGGAUGGGUUUUUAUGGAUUGACUCUCAAGGUAUCGACGGGGAAGUACAAUAUUGGGAACCAUCUUGGAUUUCUAAUUAA